UUGACAGUUGACAACUCAGUAGAUGUUUCAGUCAAAUCAUUACUCGGCAAAUUUCUAUAGGAAACAUUUGAUGCAGUAGGAAUUAAUAGUUGAGAAGUGCGUACGAUAAUAAGAUACAAAACGAAGGAUGACUGGAACAAACAAAAGUGUAGAUGCGGCUUCGCAAGAAAUGGAAAUGGAAGUCGAUGUAGCUGACGUUGUAGAACCCAAAAAAGAUACUGAUGUUACUAUAACUCAAGAAAUUCGGGAACAGUUGAGGCAAAUUGAAAAAGCAGUUACAAUCAAGGAAUCUAGGUUUAUUUUACGCAUAUUGCGGUCUUUACUCAAUACGCGUCGUAAAUUAAAUGGGACUAUACUCCGUAAUGUAGCAUUAAGUAUUUUCCCUGCUGGUGCUGAACGUGAUGCCGUUCUUGCUUUUAUGCCUGCGUUACCAGUUGGAGCAAUUGAACCUGAACCAACAAAAAAUCGUACUGCUACCAAACCACCAGUUACUGAAGUAGACGCAUAUUUUCAUUUGCUGCUUCUUGUUAAAUUAAUAGACGAGGGUAGUAUUAAAACGGCGUAUGCAUGUGCAGAAGCUUUAAUGGCAAAGUUUAGCGGUCAAACUCGUCGCACCAUGGAUUUGAUUGGAGCCAAGUCAUAUUUUUAUUAUUCUCACGUUGCUGAACUAAAUAACACUUUCGAAGGUAUUAGAGGCAUUCUUCAUGCGAGAUUGCGUACAGCAACACUACGUAAUGAUUAUGAGGGUCAAGCAGUGCUGAUAAAUUGUUUGCUACGCAAUUAUUUACAUUAUGCAUUGUACGAUCAGGCUGAUAAACUUGUUAAAAAGUCGACUUUCCCUGAGACGGCAAGCAACAAUGAAUGGGCAAGAUAUCUUUAUUAUUUGGGUCGAAUUAAGACCGCCAAACUCGAAUACACAGAUGCUCAUAAACAUUUAGUUCAAGCACAAAGGAAAGCGCCACAACAAGCAGCUGUUGGAUUUAGGCAAACUGUACAAAAAUUAAUAGUUGUAGUUGAGCUAUUACUUGGUAAUAUACCAGAACGCCAAGUAUUCCGUCAGGCUGCGUUACGCAAAUCCUUGGCACCAUAUUUUCAACUCACACAAGCUGUGCGCUUGGGUAAUCUUAAACGUUUUGGUGAAGUUGUUGAAAGUUUCGGUCCUAAAUUUCAACAGGACCAUACUUAUACUCUUAUAAUCCGUUUGAGACAUAACGUCAUUAAGACUGCUAUUCGAUCAAUCGGAUUAUCAUACUCGCGAAUAUCAUUGAGUGAUAUUGCCAAGCGCUUAAUGUUAGACUCUGCUGAAGACGCAGAGUUCGUUGUUGCAAAGGCCAUUCGUGAUGGUGUUAUUGAAGCCACAAUUGAUCCCGAAGAAAGUUAUAUGAGAAGUAAAGAAGGAACGGAUGUUUAUAGCACUCGUGAACCACAAUUGGCGUUCCAUGAACGCAUAACAUUCUGCUUAGAUUUACAUAAUCAAAGCGUGAAGGCAAUGCGCUACCCACCAAAAUGCUAUGGUAAAGAUUUAGAAAGUGCUGAGGAGCGCAGAGAAAGAGAACAGCAAGAUCUAGAGCUGGCGAAGGAAAUGGCUGAAGAUGAUGAGGAUGGAUUUUAAUUGAUUACUUACUUACUACAAAUAUCCUAGCUUCAGCACCAUAACACAUAAUGAUUUUAAACAUAGGAUUCUUAUAUAAAUAAAUUGUAAUCAAAACUGAUGUUAAAUAGUUUUUAUGAUUAAUUCAUGCUAACUAUUAAUGUAUUAUCUUUUCUAAAUAAAUAAAGAAAAUUAUAUAAUGUUUA